AUGGUGGACAUGCUUGAAGGUGACCUGCUCCCUCGCAAGCCGUCUAUCCUUGCAUCCAUUAUCUCGGUUACAUUCAUCGGUCUAGGAGAUUUACCGAAGUCGUGGCUGCGGUCCAUGUUUCGUGUUCGUCGUCAGGUGGUGGUGCUCAAUGCACUUCAAUGGCUGAAAGCAAACAACUCAAGAUACUAUGGAGAUAUCAAGAUCUGCGACGAGCGGUUGGCAGAGCUGCCUGAGGACGAUGUACCUGUUGAGGUUAUGGGGGUGGUAUGGCAGUCAGAGGAGACAGGCGUAAUUAAUCAAGAGAGCGAGGGAUAUGUAUCUCAGGAUGACGGCGGACAUGAGGAGCUUGAACCACCAGUCACUUCUAAUGGCCCCAUUGAUAGCGAGUCUCAGCCAGAUGUAAUUCCGCUGCAAAUCUCAGGUACCAAAGACACAGACAUGUCAAAGCUCAGCUCCAACGAACUCAUGUUGUGGGGCUUGGCAAAUCUGUGGAAGGAGGGGAAGGAGGGCGCAUACGCUGUGCGACACGAACGGCAACCAGUCAGUACCUUUGGCCGGUCUCGCAAGCGUCCUGGUUCUGCUUGCGACGAAGCUGAGCAGUCAGAGCCGGAGUGUAUUCCCACAGGCAAGGUCAGCCCUAAUGAGCUGAACUUCUUUGAACGCGCAUUCCCAUGCCUGUAUCCAUACGGCUGUGGUGGAAUAGAAGGAUAUCAGCCAAAUCUGAUAGACUUUCUUGAGCACGUACGCUGGUCCCUGGCCUAUCACGACUGGCAUUUUCAGCAACACGAGACCUUUCCCUUUGUGUUCUUCAGCAUCCAGCAAUGUUGUCAGGCUUUAGGUUCUGCUCGUGUCCAGAUGCAUAGAUGGAACUUUGAGGUAGAUGCUCGUAUACUUGCCUCUAUCACGGUCAACAAAUUGGAAGCAGCUCGACGAGAAGAAGAGAAGGGCCUACCUAUCUCUGACCCAUCUGUGCGCCUUCUUCGGCAACACGUCCAUGCAACUGCUGGUCGUGUACAGGACUCAGACUCUACCCGGUAUCAAAUGCGGAGCAAGAUUUGGGCAACCUCCAUCUACAUGAACCCACCGUCCUUAUGGAUCACCAUAAACCCAGACAAUCUCCACAAUCCUAUCGCGUCUGUCUUUGCUGGCGAAGAGAUCGACUUGGACCGCUUUAUUGCCACUGCUGGUCCAGAUAAAGACUAG